AUGGCGGACCUUCGCGUCCCCUCUUCCGAGGACGAACCAGAUCAACCUCCAGGCACAUUCAAGCUAAUUCGAGUGGAUGAGACUGGUGAACGUGGUCAUGUCGUUGCCCUAGAUCCGACUCCCUCCUCUGAUCCCAACGAGCCUCUGAACUGGAGCACACUUCGCAAAUCGGUGAACUUCACCAUUGUUUCGGCUAUGACCAUAAUCAUUUUCACUGCUCUUUCCACGCAAUCUAUCUUCUGGCAACAGAUGAUACCCGAUAUGGGGGUUUCCUACACACAGUUGAAUCAGGCAAUGUCGAUCAACUUUGUGGGUCUAGCCACUGGUUGCAUUUUCUUCAUUCCAUUCGCCAAAAAGUACGGCCGAAGACCUAUCUACAUCAUUUCCGCGGCACUGAUGUUAGCAACAACUUUUUGGAUGGCGAGGAUGGACAGCUUGACAGAGCUGUAUAUCACCAAUCUCCUACAAGGACUGGCCGGUGCGACCAAUGAGUCUAUUGUCGAGAUAACUAUUGCCGACCUCUACUUCGUACACCACCGGGGCACGAUGAAUGGGCUAUACAUGAGUUGUGUGAUGAUUGGAUCAUUUUUGACACCCAUGGCAGCUGGUGCCCAAGCCACUCGACAGGGCUGGCGCACAUCCUACCUGACAAUGGGUGCAUUCAAAAUCGUCCUUUUCUUCUGCUUUGCCUUCCUGUAUGAGGAAACGAAGUACGUCCCGGUUUUGACAGCUCAAACAAGCGACGUCGAGGAAGACACACCAGAUUCAGGAAAGACCCAGAUCAAGGAUAUCCCCGUUUCAUACACACUGGAGGAAGCACAGGUGACCGAAGCAACGAGCUCUCAUCAUGUCCUGGACCACACCAUUCCUCUCAAGUCAUGGCGUCAGAGACUGGCCUUAGCAACUCCAACACCGGAGCCGAUUUGGCCAAACUUUUACCGCCCAUUCGAAGUUUUAAUAUUCCCUGCUGUGGCAUUCUCAGCCCUUCAGUAUGCCUCUGGCGUUGCCUGGCUGACGGUUCUAUCAAGUGUCUUGUCCUUGACAUUCCCCCUGCCGCCAUAUUCAUUCUCACCGGAACAAAUUGGCUACACCAGUGCUGGCCCCUUGAUUGGGAACAUCAUCGGUGCCGUGUACGGUGGAUACCUCGGCGAUCGAUCCAUUUUAUACUAUGCGCGCAGAAACAAUGGCUUCUAUGAGCCUGAAAUGCGUCUCUACAUCCUGCAUAUCCCGGCGAUCAUGAUGGCUGGCGGUCUUGUGAUGUUUGGUGCUACCAUCUCGAGAGUGAGCUUCGACAGCCCGAUGUGGAAGUUGGUAGCACAUGCUAACAUUUCGGUAGGGGAUGCACUGGAUAUGGCCAAAUAUUGCCGGUGCCUUGUUCGGAUCACCGGUGAAGCAUUCACGGCAGUGACUUUCAUACGCAAUGCAGUGAGCAUAGGAAUUCCGUUCGCGAUAACACCUUGGAUUCAGCGCCAGGGAAUCCAGAAUAUGUUCAUUGUGUGUGGAAUGAUCAGUCUGGGUGUUUCGGCAACAAUUGUCCCUUUGGUGAUCUGGGGUAAAGCCGCUCGCCGUGCUUUGGCUGCUCGUUAUCGUGACAUUGUGGAUAUCUGA